AUGAGUUUUAGAGAGAGGGAAUGUGAAAAAUCAGUUUCUCGGGUUAAUGGGUCGGUGGCAGAUACUACUACUACACAGUUUACAAUUGAUGAGAAUCUUCUGGUUGAUCCCAAAUUGUUGUUUAUUGGUUCUAUAAUUGGGGAAGGAGCUCAUGGAAAAGUUUAUCAAGGAAGAUAUGUAGAUCGAAUUGUUGCUAUAAAAGUUCUGCAGCGUGGGAGCACCUCAGAAGAAAGAGCUUUGCUUGAAAAUCGUUUUGCACGGGAAGUUAAUAUGAUGUCCCGUGUCCACCAUGACAAUCUUGUAAAGUUUAUUGGAGCAUGCAAGGAUCCUCUAAUGGUGAUAGUUACAGAACUUUUACCGGGGAUGUCACUGCGAAAAUAUUUGACAAGUAUCCGUCCUAAUCCAUUAGACCUUCAUGUGGCUAUAAACUUUGCCCUUGAUAUUGCUCGGGCCAUGGAUUGGCUGCAUGCUAACGGGAUCAUACAUAGAGAUCUAAAACCUGACAAUCUGUUGCUUACAGCAAAUCAGAAGUCUGUAAAACUUGCAGAUUUUGGUCUUGCAAGAGAGGAAUCGGUGACCGAAAUGAUGACUGCAGAAACCGGAACUUACCGAUGGAUGGCACCAGAGUUGUACAGUACCGUAACGUUACGUCAGGGAGAGAAAAAGCACUAUAACAACAAGGUUGAUGUGUAUAGCUUUGGGAUUGUUUUAUGGGAGCUACUAACAAAUCGCAUGCCGUUUGAAGGAAUGUCCAAUUUACAAGCUGCUUAUGCUGCUGCUUUCAAGCAAGAGAGGCCGAAAAUUCCAGACGAUAUAUCACCCGAUCUUGCUUUCAUCAUACAAUCAUGUUGGGUUGAAGAUCCUAACUUGAGACCAAGCUUUAGUCAAAUCAUCCGGAUGCUCAACGCGUUUCUCUUCACCCUCUCACCACUAUCUCCUCCCUUACCAGAACCUGACAAUGAACCAGAGGCGGCUUCAACUAGUAAUGACAAUGGUGCCAUUACUGAGUUUUCUGCCCGGAACAAAGGAAAGUUUGCUUUUCUUCGACACUUGUUUUCUUCGAAAAGGAUAAAAAACUAA